UGCUCGUUUAGAAUAGUAAGAUAAGAAGCUCUAAUUUAGCCACUGCAGUACUAAAUGAGCUUGAACAAGCUUUGUCAGAUUAUUCAAUGACACAUUCAAGGAGCUUCAUACAUCUCCUGCAUUAGUCAACACUCAGCAACUGAAACGUAUUGUUCCAUUUUGUUCUGUGACUUUAUAUUCGUGCUAAAAUCUCGCAAUGGAAACACAAAAACCACCAUCCGAAAAGCCACGUUCAGUUGAUCCAGCCAUGACUUCAUGCAGAAAGAAGAAAUCAGAUGAUGCUGGCUUUUUAGAGGAUCUGAGAGAUCAUAUUGAUGAAUUCAUUCACGCAUCGAUGGAUGAGCACAAGAAUUGCUUUCAGAAGACGAUUAAAAAGAUGUUCGGAAUGUCGAGGGCAGUCGCACGGAGAAACGAAGAAAUUAAAGAAGUCGACAGCCUUUUGCCUCUUCAGACAACCGUCAGCCAGGAGUCCUAGUUGCAGCUAACUACUACUGCAACUGAUGUUGAACAAAUAAAUAGCAAGACUUUAAUUUAAACACUGUUGUUUCUUUCGUGCUACAGGCCAUGAUAUUAGAAUGCUGAGUCCAAACACUUAUCGUUUAAUGUUUUCUUAUUUCUUUUG